UGUUUCCAAAGCCCUUUUCAGAACGGUGGUAAGGAUCGGAGAGGAGUGAGAAGGAUCUAGGAGUCUUUUCUUGUUGAAUUUAAAGAUCUCCUAGUCGGCCUUUUGUUUUUUGUUUUGGCCCCUGUUUCUGUUGGCCAUGGGGGAUUGUGAGAUUCCAGAAUUAGAAGGAGAAGAACACUUAAUUGCAGCAGUGAAACACAUUGUGAAAGCAUUGGGGUCAAAAAAGAACCUUACAGAUGAUGCAAGGAAAAUUUUGGCUCAACUUGGCACCCAGUUGUCCACUAUGACUACAACUACAGCGAAUGAGACAAAGGAUGAUAAGAUAAGUGAGAUUGAAGAUCUCCUUAACACUGUUGAGGAGAAGAUCAUGAGUUGGGAGGAAGAUCAGUCUAUGAUAUGGGAUUCAGGACCAGAAGAAGCCUCCGAGUACUUGAAUGCAGCAGGUGAAGCCCAAAAAUUGACUGAAAGAUUAGAGAGGAUGUGUCUAAAGAAAGAUGAUGAUGAAUAUAAUCUAUUACAAAGGGCUCAUAAUGUUCUUCAGAAGGCAAUGGAAAGACUCGAGGAAGAGUUCAGGCACAUGCUUGUUGAGAACAGGCAGCCUUUUGAGCCGGAGCAUGUUUCUUUUCGAUCCAGUGAAGAGGAUGUUGUGGAUGAGGCCUCAAUUAUCUCUUUUGGGGAUGAGUCAAUUGAAGACUCAAUUCAUAGAGACACCGUGAGCAGGGCCUCUGAGGAUUAUAUCAUUGAUUUGAUUCAUCCGGAUGUGAUUCCCGACCUCAGAUGCAUUGCCAAAUUGAUGAUCAGUUCGAAUUAUGAUCGGGAGUGUUACCAGGCCUAUACCAGCACCCAGAAGGAUGCCUUGGAUGAGUGCCUUGUCGUUCUUGGAAUGGAGAAACUAAGCAUUGAAGACGUGCUGAGGAUGGAGUGGACUAGCUUGAAUUAUAAGAUCAAACAAUGGGUACGAACAAUGAAGAUCUUUAUGCGGGUCUAUCUUGCUAGUGAGAAAUGGCUCGGUGAGCAAAUUUUUGGGGAGCUCGGACCAGUUAAUCUAAUUUGCUUUGUUGAGGCAUCCAAGGCUUCAAUGUGGCAGCUUCUAAAUUUUGGUGAAGCCAUUUCUAUAGGCCCUCAUCAACCAGAGAAGUUGUCUCGAAUUCUUGACAUGUAUGAGGUGCUAGCAGAUCUUCUUCCAGAUAUAGAUGCUUUAUACUCGGAUGAGGCUGGUUCUUCAGUUAGAAUUGAGUGCCACGACCUUCUUAGUAGAUUGGGUGAUACUGUAAGGGCAACAUUUUUUGAAUUUAAGAAUGCCAUUGCAUCAAAUGCAUCGAUAAACCCUUUUGCAGGAGGUGGAAUUCACCAUCUUACCAGAUACGUCAUGAAUUACGUGAAGUUUCUAACUGACUACAGUGAGACGCUCAAUUUGCUGCUCAAGGACCAUGAUGCAGAGGAUCCGAGUUCACUGUCACCAGACAUGAGUCCAACUAUGGAGGAGGAGGACAAAAGCAGGAAUUCGUCAAGCGGGAUUUCCCCAAUGGCUCAUCACUUCCGAUCGAUUGCCUCAAUUCUGCAAAGCAGCCUUGAUUAUAAGUCCAAGCUAUACAGGGAGGCUUCGCUACAGCACUUCUUCUUGAUGAACAAUAUUCAUUACAUGGCUGAAAAGGUCAAGGGGUCUGAGCUAAGGCAUAUAUUUGGAGAUGAAUGGAUUAGGAAGCAAAACUGGAAAUUCCAACAGCACGCAAUGAAUUAUGAGCGAGCUAGUUGGAGUUCAAUCCUCUCUUUGCUCAAGGAAGAUGGCAUUCACAAUCCUGGUUCAAAUUCUAUCUCGAAAACCCUCCUCAAGGAAAGGCUUCGGAGUUUUUAUCUUGCUUUUGAGGAGAUAUACAAGACCCAAACAGCAUGGCAUAUCCCAGAUAUUCAGCUCCGAGAAGAUUUACGAAUCUCAACAUCCCUCAAGGUCAUCCAGGCUUAUCGGACAUUUGUGGGAAGACAUGCCAUUCACUUAUAUGACAAGGAUAUUAAAUACAGUGCAGAUGACCUAGAGACUUAUCUUUUGGAUUUCUUCGAGGGAUCUCCAAAAUCAUUACAAAAUAACUCUAGGAGAUGAUGAGCAAGUUGGGCUUCAUUCCAGUCUGUCCAUGAGUUCCACUGUGCCUAGCAUCUGUAAUCAAUCUUGCAGAACUGAAAAUUAUCAUAUUGUAUUUCAUUUGUUACUUUGUUCUGGUUUUAACAGUGUAGUGAGCAUAAACAAUUGAAACUAGCUUGUAACUUCCGUUUUUUAGCUGGAUGAAAUGAAAACUAGCUUGUAA